GCUGGGCGUUGCAGCUCGGUUGUUCUGGCCAGUCGGGCUUUGCGAGCAUCACCAGCUUCAACUUGCCCGAUGACGCCCGAGACGCCGAUAACCACAGACCAGCCGUCGCCUCCGUCGCCUCGAACGCCGGUCUUUCGCUUUCCUGUGCUCGAUGGAGGCGCGGUGCCGGCGCCGAGGCUGGGCGGUGUACCGUCGGUGACGACGGGCCAGGCCCCGGUCGCGAUGCAUGUCCCGUCGCCUGCGCCAGCGACACCAGCAACGCCAGCGACGCCAGAAGCGCCCUUUUUGUUUGGGGGUGCAGCUGCGGCAACACCGGCGACCGGCUUUGGUGGCAGUGGUUUCUUCUCCUUCGGUAGCGCGGCGCCAGCUCCGGCUGCAGCGGCCUCGGCGGUGGGGCUUGGUGGCAGCGGCAUCUUUUCCUUUGGUACGUCGACGCCUCCAUCGACGCCGUUCGUCUUUGGCACGACGACACCUUUCAGUGGUGCGACAGCGUCCACGACGUCGCCAGCACCUCGCCGCAGCCGUGCCGGGUCCAAGGCCACUACUCGGCCCUCCGCGUCCACGCCAAGGGCCAAGACAUCCCACUCGGCGCCUGCCGCUAUCGAUGACGACACGCUAGUACAGAUGCUGGCGAACGAAGCGAUUGCGAUCUUCAACGCGGUCGCGCCCGAGAAGAGCCCGACGUACGUCGCGCGAUUGCUCUUGUCGACCCUCCUCGCCAACGCCGGUAUCGUCCUUCCAGCACCCGAGCUGUGUGCGCUGGCGACGCAGCUCAGCGUCGAUGACCGCAUCUCGCGCGCCGACUUUGUCGAAUGGUACGUUGGGCACAUGAAGAGCGCGCCGCCGCCGCCGCGGUCGUCGGUCCAUGAGAACCGGUCGCUGAGCAUCAUGAGCCACGAAAAGACGAUCGAGCGGCUGCGUGACGCACUGGCCGUCGACGACGUCGCGCUCCGUGAGAUCCACGACGCAUGCGGUAGCAUCGAAGCCAGCCUUAUUGCGUCACUGACCGAGCUCCGGUUUCUCAACGAGCAGCUGCAGGCCGAACGGACGCGGGCCACCGCCGCUGCCACGACUGCACCGCGCACGAUCAAGCUCAACGUCGGUGGCCGCAUCUUUGAGACGGGCAAAGACAACCUCUUGCAGCACCCUGAUUCGUUCUUUUACGCGAUGGUGACGAGCGAGACGUGGCAGCCCCGUAAUAUGGACGGCGCGUACUUUAUCGAUGGCAACUACAAGUACUUUGACCGGGUCAUGGCGUACCUUCGCACGGGCGUCUUGGACGUCGACGGACUUUCCGAGUCGGCGAUGCGUCAGCUCACGUACACGCUCCAGGUGCUCGGCAUGGAGUGGGUGCUCCAGCCCAAACCGUCGGUGAGCUCGCCAAAGCGGUCGUCCCGCCGCGCCAGCUCCGCCUCCAGUCGCACGAGUACACCAGCGCCCAGUACCAAGCGCAGCAACCCUUAUAGCAACAUCCAGAUGCGGCGUGACGACUUUGAGUCUGGUUCUGCCCCGACCCCAGGCGUGGGCUUUUCGUUUGGGACAGCAGCGAGUGCGGCGCCCAACUCGAGCUUCUCGAAUGCGCGAACUACGGCAGAGGCAUCGACGAUUGCUGUUGCUGUCGAGAAGAUCCGGCAGCAGGAAGAGCAGCGCCGCUUGGCCAUGAACGUGGUUCUGGACGAGUACCUCCGCACGGCAGCGACCAUUGAAGACGACGUUGCGGCGCUGCGAGUGGCCCAGCAACGCCGCAACACAGUUCAAAAGCUCACGCAAGCGCAAGCGGCCGUGGCCGACGACACGAUCCGCCUCAACGUUGGCGGCAUCCUCUUUGAGACGAGUCGCGCAACACUCUUGACGCUGCCCGACUCGUAUUUUAGCGCCAUGCUUUCCCAAGGUCACUGGACCCCCCGCGAAGACGACGGCGCCUAUUUUAUCGACCAAGACGCCACGUACUUCGAGUACGCUCUCGAUGCGCUGCGCCAAGGUUCGCUCAACACCAAGGGGCUCCCCCCCACGGCCCUCCGGCAACUCCACCAUCUUCUCAACUACCUCCAGAUGGACUCGUUGAUCGAGGCGUAGCACGUAUCAUUCUCCAUCAUCCAAGACUCUGUUCUGCACCA